AUGGAAUUUUUUGGUCUCACUUUACAUGGCCCACAAAAUUCUUUGAGAGAUAUAUUAAAGUCUAAUUACAAAGAACCUCAAUCAAAAGAAGACGUUCAGCUUAUAAUGGAUGAAAUAAUUCGUACUUCUACAAUGCCUAAAAAAAUUCAAAGAACUGAUGUGAAAUUAAUAAGAGUCAUCGAUUGCUAUAUAGGAAGAGUCAAUGGCUUUGCGUAUGGUUCAUCACAAAGAUUUAAUAAAAUGAAACGUAAAGGAGUUAUUAAGCCUGUUGGUCCUGCAGAUAUGUUUAGAUUACCACCUACCACUUCAAUUGAGGUCGCCCAAGCCAAGAUGUCGAAGGUAUCGCGUGAUACGCUUUACGAAUGCGUAAAUGCAGUCCUCCAGUCAUCCAAAGAUAAGAAACGUAACUUUUUGGAGACCGUCGAACUCCAAAUCGGUCUGAAGAACUAUGACCCACAGAAGGACAAGCGUUUCAGCGGCACCGUCAAGCUAAAGUACAUUCCUAGGCCCAAAAUGCAAGUGUGUGUUCUUGGAGAUCAACAACAUUGUGACGAGGCUAAAAACUUGAGUGUACCUUGUAUGGAUGCUGAGGCUUUGAAGAAGCUGAAUAAGAACAAAAAACUUGUUAAGAAACUAGCCAAGAAGUAUGAUGCAUUCCUUGCCUCUGAGUCGCUCAUCAAGCAGAUCCCACGUCUCCUGGGUCCUGGUCUUAACAAGGCUGGUAAAUUCCCUGGUCUCCUCUCCCACCAGGAGUCCAUGACACAAAAGAUUGAUGAGGUUAAAGCUACCAUCAAGUUCCAGAUGAAGAAGGUACUUUGUCUCUCUGUGGCUGUUGGCCAUGUGGAUAUGACGCCUGAUGAAUUGGCACAAAAUGUGCAUCUUUCAAUUAACUUCUUAGUAUCACUAUUGAAGAAACAUUGGCAGAAUGUGCGGUCACUUCAUAUGAAGUCCACUAUGGGCCCACCCCAGAGAUUGUAC